AUGAGUAACUACAGCAAACUAAAGGGAACAGGAGAACGCAAUUACAUAGGUGAUCCAGCUGUGGGGAAGAGUGCCUUAGCCCAGAUGUUCCGCAAUGAUGGGGCCCAUUUUCAGAAAAAUUACACAAUGACAACGGGCACAGAACUGUUGGUGAAGGCCGUAUCAGUUCCAGAGACAAGCGAUAGCGUGGAACUCUUCAUUUUUGACUCUGCAGGCAAAGAUCUAUUUUCUGAGAUGCUGGAGAAACUGUGGGAGCAACCCAACGUCCUGUGCCUUGUGUACGAUGUCACUAAUGAGCAAUCUUUCAAUAACUGUGUCAAGUGGCUGGAGAAGGUGAGGGCUCAGGCAGUUGGGAUGCAUCUUCCAGGUGUCUUAGUGGGGAAUAAAACAGACCUGGUUGGUCGUCGAGUUGUAGAGCAGAAACAAGCACAGGAGUGGGCUGAGAAGCAUGGCCUGGAAUACUGUGAGAUGUCAGUGAAGGAGAUGAAAAACUUUGAGGCCCCUUUCCACAUCCUGGCAAAGUUAUUCCACCAACUGUACAGAGAGAAGGUGGAAUCUUUUCACUCACUGGUUUGAGGAAUGUGACUAGGAUAACUUAGCCUCUGAGCUUCUUCUAGUGCCCGGAAUCCUGCAAGCUGAAAUACAGAGAGAAGAAAAAAGAUGAGAUUUUAUGUUAUUUCGUGGUCAUCUUCUGGUAUUUCAAAAUAAACUGGAAGUAAGCAUGUGGAAAGACAGUGUUCCAGAGUUGCUGUCUCAGCAUUCCUUUCAUGUCUCCUAACGUGGUUUUCUGCUCACUGAAAGUCUGCUUGGUUGGAGGAGGCAGGGAGACAAAGGGGGAGGGCAGAAUAGAAAUUGUUAGCUUUUUGCUUUGGUAUUGCCAUGUCUCUGUCUGAAUAGUCUUCCUGCUGCUAAAAAGAAGGAUUUAGAGGUUUUGAGAAGGAGAGAGGAAGCUGACAGGAUAUUUUUCAACUUAAGCAACUCAGCCUCAGUACAUAUGUUACAAGGCAAGAUCUGGCCCUGCCACUUGAAAAGCACUUUCAGUAGGAGGCCUGUGCUCCAAAAUUGGCACAUGGAAACUGAGAUGUGUGGGGACGAAUCUGGAUUUAGGCAUGCUUCUGGGAGUGCCCAGAGUUUGAGGCUUGCUUUAAUGCUGUUACCUGUGUCAGUUGUAGGACCGUUAUGCUGAUGACUAAUAGCUGCAUUAAGUAUUAUUAUCUAUUAUCAUCUAUUAGCUUCUAGAUUUGAUACUUUUCUCCAGCAUGGCUCACUACCUCUGCCUGAUAGAAGCUGUCUGGCUCGCAUCUGUAUCACUGUCACUUGGUAACACAGUGCCCUCUGCUGGUCCCAGGUCACAAGCUUUCUCAAGAAGCUACCCUCUGUUGAAGAAAACACGACGCCCUCCAGUCAUGUCCAAAUUGACUUAUCUGCAAAAUGAGGUCAUAGUAAGGAAAAUUCUUUUAUUCUAGAGACAAGUCCAACACUUUAAAGCAAAUUAUUUUUCCUUUUUUUCCUGCAUUUGUUAUGUGUUUUUAUAUCACUUUUUUUUUCAGCUGAACUUGACAAUGCCUUAUUUUCACUAGGUUCGGUUCUCAGUCCCUUAUUAGAAUCAGUCGUCUUUGUUGUUAAACUUUCCCUGCCUAGCCUUUUGACAUCACUUGUGGAAAUAGGAUUCAGGAAGCAAAAGGCAACCUGGCUAAAUUAUUCUGAUUCAGGGAAGGGGGCAUGUCUGGCUGGAAGUUUGGUGUCAGGGUAAAAUCUCAGAAAGAACUGCUCUUUUAUGUGGAGUACUGAUGUUGCAUGUGUAAGAAUCUGUUUGCUAAUAUAGUAUGUGAAAGCAUCCAUGGUACUGUCUUGCAUCUGGGCCUGAGGACUUCAAAACUGUAACUUUUCUCCCAAGAUUAUGUUAAACUCCCUUGGGCAAGGGAAGAUGAAGUUUGUAGAGAGUAAGCACGGAGUGAUUUUUUCAGGCAGGCUUUUCAGUAAUCUGUGUUUCAAGACUUAUAUGUAUAUUAUAUAACCAUUUUUUAUACCCAUUGCUAGGACAAUUACUUUGGCCUGAACAUAAGAAAUGUGGCUUGCAGAUGUUGAAGCAGAGUUUAUGAAGUGCUCUAAGACUCUGGAAAAGCAGCUGCGCUCAUUUCACUGGCGGCAGCGUGCUUAUGCUGGGAAUUAGCUAGGGAGCAUGAAUCCCAACAAAGGGGGUUAAAUAGACACUCGUCCCACAAGAAAGGGAGUGGAUUCUUUUGCAGGAAGCCAUCUGAAUAAAGGGCAGAACACGCAGGGAAAGCUCUUACUUGCUCCAAAGAAGAGAGGAUUCCUUCAUUGGCUUAGGGUAACUAGAAGACUCGCCCUUUUUUGACUUGGAUUAGAGUUACUGUGUUUUGGUUUUUAUCUUAAAUGAGCUGCUUUGUUAAUCCUGGGGGUGUCUGUCUAUUUAUAUGGGCUGAGUGCAGACUUGACUGCAGAUACUAGCCACCUCUAACUAGUAAGAAUAAAAGUUAUUUUGGGUGCUGUGCUGAUCUAGUUAAAGAACAUCUCUGCUAAAGUUUUGUUUUGAUUUGGCAGCUCUUUUCCCCUAAGUUCCACUCAUGAUAUGAUUACAACAUGAGAGAGAUUUUUUCAUGUUGAAAAUAGCAUGCCAGGUGUGUCUGUGCCAUGGUAUAUGGGGGAUGUGAAUGCCUAAGGAAUGGGUGAUAAAGUAAAUCCUGCAUGAUCUUUAACUGGGGAGUUCAAUCUCCGCGCACCAGAAAGACCUCCCAUAACUUUGGAUAAACAGUCUAAACGCACCAGUAAGAUGAAGAUGGGUGGACAUUGUUUAUUAAAUGAAUGCAAAAGCUGGAGGAUCUCAUUAAGGAAUGCUUGCCGAGGUGAUUUGUGAUUUAUAGGGAAGCUGCUUUUGAGAGGUUAGCGAAGAAAAAUGCAUCCCAUGCAGGGAAAGAUAUAUUGCCUGAGAAAGGAAAUGUAUUAUCUAAUUAGCUGUCAGUAGGGAUUCACCCACUGCCCCUUUCCUCAGGCCAUGACUAGAAUUACAAAAGAGGUUAUGUCUAAAACAUGUUGGCAAACUGUUGUCAUUGCAUCUAUAAGGUGAAGAUGCCUGUUUGCUGCUUAUAGCCAUUGAGUCUCCCUACUUACGGAGAACAGUGGGAGGAAGGCAGAAAGCUGAGCAGGAAGCUUAUUGUCGUCUUAUAGCUCUCUGCUUUGUCCAGCUGUGCAGUGCUGCAGGUGCCCAGCAUGGAUGUUUACAGCCUCGAAGAGCCCCAGCCCAACCAGAACAACUGAAAUUUUACAAGGAGGGAGAGGAAACAAGCAGGCCUUUAACUGUCUUUCAGAGAUUUGUAGUCCUUCAAGCUUUUCUUUCCUGCCUGCUUGUAUGUUUGGCAAGAACAAGCUUUCUUCCUCAGAGCCGCUCCUCCUUAUAUUUCCUUUGGUCCUCAUGAUUCUGCUCUCUGUUACGCUCCUGUCCUGCUUUACUUAGCUUGAUAUAUCAGAAACUGGGUUUUCUUUUUGUUUGGAUUUGUUUUUCUUUGAUUUUUAGAUCCCUCUCACUUCUCCACUAACAACUCCUAAGACUACAAGACACUUCUUAGCAAGAUUAAUAAAAGAAAACAAAGGUGGAAUUUUUAGUCAAAUUGUUUUGGAAAAGUGAACUCUAAAAAGCUGACUGACUUUCUGAAAUUUUAUUGGAAACUCAUUUUUGUAAAGCUGUAACAUUAAAGAUGCUUUAGUGAUUUUUGUUCUGUCUUGUUAAACCUGCUAGAUACAUUCUACUGUGGAGUGAAAUGCAGAAUGUAAAAUUCCAGAAACAUCAGGUUGUGCUGUAGGAGUUCAGAGUUUCAAAGCUGAUCUUAUUGUAAUCUUACUGUGUUCAAUCUUAACAAUGGAGUGGUCACUGCUGUUCGUAAUAAAGCAUUAAAUAUACUGAAAUGA